CGUGAUGAGUACAAACUACGUCAUAAGUGAAAAGCUCUACUUUUUUGUCAUAUGCCAGCUGCAAGCGCAAACAAACCUGAGCUAAAUAAAAAUUCCCACAUACUAUAACCAAUCCCUCAAAAAUACCAACAUUGCAAAGAAGCAGGGACUAAUAUAGUACUUUAUAUCUAUGCAAUGAAGUUUUGAAUUUCUAGACUGUUUAAAGUGAAGUUCAUUCUUACAUUUUAGAGCCAAUAGAAUUAUGGACUCUGGCAGUUCGCAUAAACGACAAAAAACUGGAUCCGAAAGGGACUUAGAUUGCUCUAAUGCUUCAAGAGGAGUUUGGCUCGUAAAAGUGCCGAAAUAUAUAUCAUCAUUAUGGGAAAAGUCUGCACCUUUGAGUGAAGCUGGGCGCCUGAAGAUUACAAGAAAUGGAGGAAAAACAGAUAUCUCAUUUUCUCUAUCAGAUGAUAUGUUGAAAUCUGCUGAUGGGAAAACAACAAAUAAUGAUAUUCCUAAAGAGCAUCGCUUCGUGAUUUCUAAUAUUUCGCAUCAAACUCUUGCAGUUUUUGGUAAGAUAAUUGAUAAAUUAAAUACUUUUGCAGGAAAACUAGCUUUGGGUGGCCAUGUUUUACAGAAGGGAGAGUGUCGUCCAAUGGCUGACAACCAGUACAUGGCUCUUAAGAGGACAUCUAUACUAAAAGCCAGCCAGCCUGAGAGACAAGUUAAACAACUUCAAAAAGCUGUGCAGAGCUAUAAACCAAUAUCUGAUCAUAAACAUAAUGUAUUAACUGCUGUUUUUCAACGAGAUUGUUUAUUGUCAUUUCAGCCAUACCUCAAAGAAAUCUUAAAAGAGAUCUGCAACUACAAUGCGAAAAAUCCCCACAAGAGCAUGUGGGAGCUGAAACCAGAGUACAGACACUACAAGGACUCAGGAGAGGGAGACUGACCCCCUGAAAAUUAUUUUCUUCAUUGACGACGUAUAUUCAUUAUAAAAAUAAUCUUGACUUCUUUAUGUUUGUUUGUAUGUCGAAUUAAAAUCUAAGCAAAAUUGCAGUAACUGUAAAGUUUUUGUAAUAAACUGAUUCAUUUUAUUUUAAA